CUUCACACUGGAAAUCUGAGAUCCAGAGCAACUUAUAUUUUGGCUUGUAAUCGGUGAUCAUGGGGUGAUCCAGAAAUAAACUCCAGACUUCAAAGAGCGAGAGGGUUCAGAGCUGCUCUGCAGUUUAUCAACACACACAGAUGGGAGAGAAAUGCAUCCAAGGGACUUUUCUGAAUUAAGAUUUCACCAAGCAAAAUAACUCUGGGAAAACUUUCCUACAGAGACAAUAAGGUUUUCCUUUUCUACCGUCUUCUCUGACUCCUUGUGAACGGGACCGCAGAAGAUGACGACGCAGGUCACAGUGGCAAGAAAUUCACAGACAGGGACAAUAAACCAUGAGGACUACAGUCUCUACAGCAGUAUGAGCGAAGAGGAGCUCAUCGACAUGGCCAUAGAGCAGAGCCUAACGGAAGGAUCAGCAGAACAAACCGCGGCAAAGACUGCAGCCAGAGAGCAGGCUGUGCCCAGUGAACCUCACUACAGCCAGAAUUUUUACCUUUACCCUUGGCAACGGCACGCCGCGCAGUCCGGAGGCCAGACGUCCAGCUCAGGGUCACCUAGCGGGGUCUGGCGGAGAUAUGACGGCACCCUCUUCAAAAGACCCCAGCCAGAAGCGCCGGAUCCUGUUGAAUCGGCAAUUAAGGGAGGAGAUGAAAAUGCCCUGCUUGCCAUGAUAAAGUCAGGAAAAAACCUUGCACAACCUAACAAAGAUGGAUGGUUACCGCUCCACGAAGCUGCUUAUUAUGGACAAGAAGGCUGCAUGAAACUGCUCCAGAAAUCAUACCCUGGGACGAUCGACCAGCGUACACUUCAGGAAGAAACACCUCUUUACUUAGCAACAAACAAAGGGCACCUGGAGUGUGUGAUUUCUUUGCUGCAGGCUGGAGCAGAACCUGAUAUUGCAAACAAGGUUAGAGAGACCCCACUCUAUAAAGCCUGCGAACGCAAAAAUGUUGAAGCUGUACGGAUAUUGCUGCAGUACAAUGCCGAUGCAAACCACCGAUGCAAUCGGGGAUGGACUGCUCUUCAUGAAGCCGUUGGCCAGAACGAUUUAGAAGUAAUAGACCUUUUGGUGAAAGGAGGUGCCAAGGUUGAAUCUGCAAAUUGCUAUGGGAUCACCUCUUUAUUUGUGGCAGCUGAGAGCGGCCACUUGGAAUCCUUGAGAUACCUGGCCAAGUGUGGUGCUGAAAUCAAUACCCAAGCCAGUGACAAGGCUUCUGCUCUCUAUGAAGCUUCUAAAAAUGGGCAUGAGAAUAUUGUAGAGUUUCUCUUGUCCCAAGGGGCAGAUGCUAACAAAACAAACAAGGAUGGACUGUUACCAAUUCAUAUAGCCUCCAAAAAAGGCUAUUUAGAGAUUGUCAAAAUGCUGCUCCCAGUAACCAGCCGCACUCGAAUCAAGCGCAGCGGCAUCAGCCCUUUGCAUUUGGCGGCUGAACACAACCGCGAUGACGUCUUGGAAGAGCUGAUGGACGCCGGCUUUGAUGUGAAUGCCUUCCUUUCUGAGGAGCGCGCCCGCCUCUAUGAGGACCGGCGCACCACCGUUCUCUACUUUGCCAUUGCUAACAACAACAUCUAUGCUGCUGAGCUGCUGCUUGAGGCUGGGGCGAAUCCCAAUGUUGACCUCAUCAACCCACUGCUCAUCUCCAUCCGCCAUGGCAAUGUGAAGAUAAUGAAGCUGCUUCUGGAUUAUGGCGCCAAUAUUAAUGCUUACAUUGCUUCCCACCCGACCACUUUCCCUGCCACCAUCAUGUUCUCCAUGAAGUACCUUGUUCUGCUGAAAUUCCUGAUGGAUAUGGGCUGUGAUGCCAACUCCUGUUUUCAGUGUAACUAUGGGUGUGGCCCCCAUCCUGCUGCAGAAGUUAGGAGGGACAGGUAUAACGAUCCCCUGGUGAAGAAACAGUCAAAUCCAGUACAGUUUUGCGAAAUGGUUUCUACCCCAGAGAUGAGUCGUUGGGCAGGGCCAAUCAUUGACGUCCUUCUGGAUUACGUGGGCAAUGUGCAACUUUGUUCCCAGCUGAAGGAGCAUAUUGACAGCUAUGAAGGCUGGGUUAAUAUUAAAAAGAAAGCAGAGCUUCCAAGGCCACUUGCACACCUUUGCCGGAUCAAAGUUCGAACUGUGAUUGGAAAGGACCGUAUACCUCUUAUUGAUAGUUUGCCUUUGCCGGGAAGACUGAUCCGCUAUUUACAAUAUGACUUUACUCACUGACCUGAGAUGAAUCUGGCUAUCAAAAAUAUCCUGGAGGGACAUCCAUGUUUAUGACAGGACAGUGACACAUCAUGGAAAUGGACUCACA